AUGGCUGUAGGCUCGCUCUCCGAUGCGCCCAAGGACCUUCUCAAGGAGAUCAAGCAUCUUGAGGAGCUGUUUACCAUCGACACAGCCAAGCUUAAGGAGAUUACCCACCACUUUGUGGAUGAGCUUGCCAAGGGAUUGAGUGUCGAAGGUGGCAGCAUCCCCAUGAACCCAACAUGGGUCAUGUCAAGACCGACCGGCCAUGAGACUGGCAACUAUCUGGCCCUGGACAUGGGUGGCACCAACCUGCGCGUCUGCCAAGUCACUCUGACCGAGCAGAAAUCCGAAUUUGAUAUUAUCCAAUCGAAGUACCGCUUGCCGGAGGAGCUGAAGACGGGCGUUGCAGAGGAGCUCUGGGAGUACAUCGCCGACUGCCUGCAGCAGUUUAUCGAGACGCACCACGGCGAUGUGACCAAGAUGGACAAGUUCCCCCUUGGCUUUACAUUUUCCUACCCGGCCACCCAGAACUACAUUGACGAGGGCAUCCUGCAGCGGUGGACCAAAGGAUUCGACAUUGCCGGUGUCGAGGGCCGCAACGUGGUGCCCAUGUUUGAGGCUGCCCUUAAACAGCGGGGAGUUCCCAUCAAGCUUACAGCUCUCAUCAAUGACACGACGGGCACGCUCAUUGCCUCAGCAUACACUGACCCUAAGAUGAUGAUCGGUUGUAUCUUUGGCACGGGCUGCAAUGCCGCCUACAUCGAGGAUUGCGGGUCGAUUCCCAAGCUUGCCCACCUGAACCUGCCUCCCGAAACCCCGAUGGCCAUCAACUGCGAGUGGGGUGCCUUCGACAAUGAGGGCAAGGUCCUGCCGCGGACGCCGUAUGACAUCGCCAUUGACAAGGACUCGCCGCGUCCUGGCCAGCAGGCAUUUGAGAAGAUGAUUGCGGGCCUGUACCUGGGCGAGAUCUUCCGCCUCGUCAUGGUCGAUAUGCACCACAACCCUGAAGCACACAUCUUUGCCGGCCAGGACAUUUCCAAGCUCCGGAAGCCUUACUCUCUGGAUUCGUCGUUCCUGUCAGCCAUUGAGGAGGACACCCUUGAGGAUCUCUCUGAGACUCUUGACCUCUUCGAAACGAAGCUAAACAUCAGCCCCAACCGGGCCGAGCUGGGCCUCAUCCGCCGCACGGCCGAGCUCAUUGGCACCCGUGCCGCGCGUCUGUCGGCGUGCGGUGUGGCCGCCAUCAGCAUCAAGAAGGGAUACAAGUCGUGCCACGUGGGCGCCGACGGUUCCGUGUUCAACAAGUAUCCGCAUUUCAAGGCCCGCGGUGCCCAGGCACUCCGUGAGAUCCUGGACUGGCCCGAGAAGACGAACCCCAAGGAGGAGGACCCGAUCGAGAUUCUGGCUGCCGAGGACGGCAGCGGCGUGGGCGCCGCGCUGAUUGCUGCGCUGACUCUGCAGCGUGUCAAGGACGGCAACAUGCACGGCAUUCUGCACCCCGAAAACUUCAAGUAG